UAGAAUUCCCCGCAAACGUCGAAGAAUCUUUAAAAGAGAUAGAUUUAUAUCUUGUAUAUGUCAUAAAAAUUUUAAAAGAAGAAAAAGGUUCCAGUCGUUUAUUAAAAAAAAGGCGAUUAAAUGAGAAUGAACCUGAUAUUUUGUUUUUAAAAGACAUAUUAUUUUCUCAGAAACAUGGUGUCCGAGGAAAUAAAUUAACGGUAUUAAAUUCUACCAAGGAGCUUAAAUUGAUUGAAUUACUAUAUACCUACUUUGCUAAUUCUCCAAAAAUAAAGUUAUCUAAAUAUUUUAACCAUGAACCUGGGAAGAAUCAAAAUAUUAGGCCAAUAAACAAAACCAGUAAGAAAAUUGAACCUCUAUUCUCUAUGUAUGAACAAUCAUACAUCUAUUACAAUCAUUUGAUAAAAUAUAAAUCUGAAAAAUUGAAAUUAAAACAAAUGGCUUUUGAUCUCAUUUUUGGAAAAAUUGGCAGAGAACCUUAUCAUAUGAGAGUCUUGUCACAGAUUUUAUGUAUGGCUAUAACUUUCCAUUCCAAUCAGCUUCUUUAUUUUACAUCUCAUUGGCUACAAAAAAAUAUAACAGAUCGUAAGCUAUUCAGCAUUUUAUCGCAAAAACUGAUUGAGGAGUUUUUUGUGUUCAACAUUUAUAGUGAAAACUACCUUAUUAAACAGUUACCAGAUCUAUGUGCAUCUUUUUGUGCUCACCUUAUUGCUGAUGUUAUACUUCUUUGCAUGUGGAAAUAUCAUUCAUAUUAUCUGGAGAAAAGACAUCAUACCUUAGAAUUAAUAGCUUCAUGUUUAACGAAAUGGAUUGAAGAUUACCCCUCAUUGAUAUUGUUCCAAUUUUCUUCAUUAAAAUCAUCCUAUGACUUUAACAAUACCAAUUAUCUACUAAUUCUCAUCUGGUGGAUGUGCAAAGUGGGAUUUUCGAUUAAUCAAACUUGCUCCGAAUCAAGCGUAUCCCACAUGCAUAGCGCUAUUAUCAAGGUUUUAGUGCAAGCCCCUCAAAUAAUUCCCGAUCACAAAAUAAGGCAACACCUUUUAGAGGACUCCAAUUUGCCAGCUAACAUUCAUAAGGACCCCCAAAAUCUAUCUGAAGCAGUCGAAUCUAGGAUCAGUAUUUUCGAUUGUUUGCGAUUGAUCCAUUUGAACUCCAAAACCCUCGACUUUAACGGAAAAGGCAUCGAGGGAUUAAACCAAAAGCUGGAUAAGCUUCUGCUUAUUUUGAUCGUAGCUUUCAAGAAUAGAUGUUUUCCAAAAACGGUAUCGAUGGUUAUAAAGUUAAAGACCGAAAGUGGAAAUUACGCGAAAACAUGUUAUGAACGAAAUGUUGAACUGGAGCAUUCAUCAAAUAAAUUAUCUGGAAUAGAUGAAGAAAACCUAAAUUUGGAAGAAGGAGAAGAAAGAUCUCCUUGUUCUGCUAUUAUACAAGAAGAAUGUAAAAUUACACCUGAACAACUCGCUAAAGGGAUAUUAGCAGUGAAUUCUAACAAAAAAGAAAUGGUAAUUGAUAAUCGCGGUAACCUUAAUGACAAAUCAACUGUAAUAAAGGAGCCUUUCGCCGAUGAUAAUAUUAAAAAUUUUAAUAAUGAAGAUGCACCAACUAAACAGAUCAUUAUGGAAGAGUUUGAUUGGAUGGACAUUUUCACACAAUAUUACAGUGAGUCAAACUUUAACGGGGAUAAUAGAUUGUAUCAUAUACUGUUAUCAUUGAAAAAGAGUUGAUAAAUUUUUUAGUAUUAAAUAUAUGUUUGAA